AAAACACUCAGAGACAGAAGGUGGGUAGGCAAAUCUCCACCUUCAGACUGGUAGGCUCCUCCAGAAGCCAUCAGACAGGAAGAUGUGAAAAUCCACAGUGCUCAUCCCAGAAUCACUAGGUGGCACCUAUCCUGGGUCAAAGUCCCAGGACAGACCUCAUUGUUCCUCUGUAGGAACACCUCCCCAGGAGGGCCUCCUGGAUUUCCCCCCUCUCAACCCAGAAGUUUCAUCGUCCAGGCUUCAUUUUUUUCUGUGUAACAGCUCUGACUACCAUCCAACCUUGAGGCAUCUUGAAGACUUCGGUGGCCACUCCAAUAACAGCAGGCUGCAGCUGCUGUCCUGGAGGUGUUCCACAGGUGAAAAGCCCAGCAUCCUGGUCAGGAUUUAAGUUUUCCUCAAAAAUGGAGCAUAUUAACUGGGAUGACUACAACCUCGAAGAUUUCUUUGGAGAUCUUAGUAAUUACACUUACAGCUCUGACCUGCCCCCUCUUCUACUAGAUGCUGCCCCAUGUGAGCCAGAAUCCCUGGAAAUCAACAAGUAUUUUGUGGUCAUUACCUAUGCCCUAGUAUUCCUGCUGAGCCUGCUGGGAAACUCCCUGGUGAUGUUGGUCAUCCUAUACAGCAGGGUUGGCCGCUCUGUCACCGAUGUCUACCUGCUGAACCUGGCCUUGGCCGACCUGCUCUUUGCCCUGACCUUGCCCAUCUGGGCUGCCUCCAAGGUGAAUGGCUGGAUUUUUGGCACAUUCCUGUGCAAGGUGGUCUCGCUCCUAAAGGAAGUCAACUUCUACAGUGGCAUCCUGCUACUGGCCUGCAUCAGCAUGGAUCGCUACCUGGCCAUUGUCCAUGCCACACGCACAUUGACCCAGAAGCGCUACUUGGUCAAGUUCAUAUGUCUCAGCAUCUGGGGUCUGUCCUUGAUCCUGUCCCUGCCCGUCUUCCUUUUCAGAAGGACCAUCUACCCGCCCUCUUUUAGCCCUGUCUGCUAUGAGGAUAUGGGCAACAAUACAGCAACAUGGCGGAUGGUGUUGCGGAUCCUACCCCAGACCUUUGGCUUCAUUGUGCCGCUGCUGGUCAUGCUGUUGUGCUACGGAUUCACCCUGCGCACGCUGUUUAAGGCCCACAUGGGGCAGAAGCACCGGGCCAUGCGCGUCAUCUUUGCUGUGGUCCUCAUCUUCCUGCUCUGCUGGCUGCCCUACCACCUGGUCCUGCUCACAGACACCCUCAUGAGGACCCAGAUGAUCAAGGAGACCUGUCAGCGCCGCAAUGACAUUGACCGGGCCCUGGAUGCCACCGAGAUUCUGGGCAUCCUCCACAGCUGCCUCAACCCCCUCAUCUAUGCCUUCAUCGGCCAGAAGUUUCGCCAUGGACUCCUCCGGAUCCUAGCCACACAUGGCCUGAUCAGCAAGGACUUCCUGCCCAAGGACAGCAGGCCUUCCUUUGUUGGUUCUUCUUCAGGGCACACUUCCACUACUCUCUAAGGCCUCCUGCCUAAGUGCAGCCCCGUGACUCCUCCCUUCCCUUCAGAGUUGCUUUCCAAGCCUCAUGUCCACCGGUUCUUCUUGGUCUCAGUGUCAGUGGUCACAGGAAGCAGAGGAGGCCACGUUCUCACUAGGUUCCCUUGCAUGGUUUAGAAAGCCUGCCCUGACGCCCCACCCCUCACCAUAAUUUCGACGUCACCUGCUGGAGCUCUGUCCAUCCUGCCCCUGAGCCCAUGGCACUCUGUGUUGUAAGAAGUGAAAAUCUACACUCCAGUGAGACAGCUCUGCAUGCUCAUUAGGAUGGCUAGUAUCAAAAGAAAGAAAAUCAGGCUGCGUGUGGUGGCUCAGGC